GGGUGGCAAGAGUAAGCAAAGAAUCGGGAGUCGGUUUAUUAUCUAAUUUUAAUGAGUUUUGAUUUUUCAAUUCCCGAUUUAAUGCUGAAAGAAUAAUUUCCAUAAUUUUUAUUUUCUAGAUAUGAUAAAGCUUUAAAAAUUUUAAUGGGGGAUCGAAUUCAGAGCAACACUCCAAGCCCAGUUUUGCCUUCAGAUAUUCUUUCAAAACGAGUGUGGCAGGUUUAUGGUCCAAUGUCUUUACGCGUAUUGUUAACCCGCAUUGAGUUACGUGUUGGGAAACGUGUUGAUUGGGUUGGAUUUUUUAAAAUCAAAGAUAUUUUACAUCUAAAGUUGAUAUCUGGACCGUCGGGUGCAAUUAAUAUCUUCAGAAGAGAUGCUCCGCCUUCAUAUAUUGACAAGCCUUUAGCUGUCGCGGUUUCAGAAAGUGAACGUGCUGAUAAAUUCCGGCGAACGGCCACAAGAGACGGAAACGUUAUAAGUUUUAAAGUAAUUUUAAUUUAA